AUGUACAUUAACAGGACGCGGAUUCGGUGCGGAAGCUUGGCCUCGGGAGGCCUUGCCUUGGCCGGCAGUGCGCUGAUCUCCGGCGCCAUCUUCCUGCCAUGGUGGGAUGUUGGCGAUCCAAAGGAGCUCCUGAACCUCGACAACGCACCGCCUGUCGUGGCAACUCUGUGGGGCUUUGUCUUCGACAACCCUCCCUCCUGGGUGACGAAGCCGCGUGGGCGCGAAGCCUCGACCUGGGAGGCCUAUUGCCAACGCGACGCACAAGCCCUCUACACGACAACCCUCACGACCCUGCCGCUAGAUAUUUUGCCGGACAAUCCUCUGCAUCCCGGGACCUGUGACAUGUUGCCGAUGCUCCCGACGUUGCUGCUGACUGCUGCAGGGCUGGGACCGGGUGCAGCUCUCUGCUUCUUCCUGGCCAGGUGCGGUAUCUCCUUGCUGGCGCUGUUGACAGGGGCCGCGCUUGCGGGUACCGCAUGCGCUUGCGCCUGCUCUUCGCUCUUCUUCGCAGGUCUGUUGAGCAUGCGGGGCCUCUUCAGCGCCAGUGGUCCACAGUGCAUCCUUGGUGGUAUGGCUUUCGCUGGGGGCUCUGCGGUGCUGGCUGUCUACAACUCUGUGAAAGCCCUGGAUCGGUCCCCCAAGAGGCAGGUGGUUCUUGGUGGCGAGGCAGAGGUUUCGGACGAGGAGGCGAUAGAGCCAGAGGAGCGACAAGCCCAGCUCAAGGCUGAAGCGCGCCUCAGUCGGAUGGACAGGUUGAAAGUUGCCCAAGACAGGCGAGCCCGGCAGAUGGAAAGAAAUCAGAGUCGAAAACGCAAGAAGAAGGUCGAGGCGCCGAAAUCUCUGGCGCGCGUGCUUCGCUGGGGCCGUCGGAAGGGUCAGGGCGGCCGUUUCGGGAAAACCGUGCCGGCCGAGUGGCUUGAUGAAGCUUUUCGAGAGAUCGAUGUGGCCGACUUCGGUGAGAUUACGAUGGAGCAGUUCAUGGAUGCAGUAGAGCUGUGCGGAUACAAAACGAAGCGCGUCACGUUUGAAGACAUCCUGCGCGAGAUGGAUGAGGAGAAGAAAUUCGGCGUCCUGGACCAGCAGGAAUUUGUCCGAUUCUUUCGCUAUCUCGAGGACAGCCUCAAGCAGGAGGCCAACCGGAAGUGGAGGGCACUGCUCCCGAUUUUUUUCUGCAACUUCUGCUUCUUUGCCCACGUGGUUGGCAUGUCCGUGAUCCUGCUUCUGGUGAUCCGUCAAGAAGCAGGGACCCCUGUGGAGGAGCUGGAUGCUAUUCGCAGGGCAGAGCGUGAGUUGAUCAACACGGCCUUCCAGUUGGUCGGAGUUUCGCUUUUCUGCUUCUUCAUCGUGGUCGUCGUGCUUCCACUGCUUCGCGUCAGCGUUGGCGCAAGCUUAGACGUGUGGUGGAAUCACUUCGCAGGUGUCUGGCGGGUCUACCUCGCGCGUUGGCGUGGUGAAGAGAUCCAUGACGACGACGACGACCCCCACCGCGGCUCAAAGGACUCCAUGGAAAGCAAGGACCCUGAGGCCUUGACCCCCUCGGUGGCAGAGACGCCGCAUCUGAGCCGCCGCACCUCCCGAGCGUCCUUGGGCAGCCAGCAGAGCUUUCGCAGUAAUCGCAGCAGCCUGUCCGGGGGAUCUCUGUCCUCGGCCUCCAGGAAGAAGAAGGGUGUCCUCCGACGUGUUAAAGGUUUCGUCGACAGCUUGAUCCUGCCUCCUAAGCAGAAGCGCCGCCGCCGCUCGGAGAACCUCAAGUACGAUACUACUGCCUUUGAGAAGGCGAACAUGCGCGCGCUCGCCAGCCAGGUGGAGCAGGUGUCGACCUUCAGCUUGAUGCAAGUGCGUGAUCUCCGCUACUGUGUCCCAGACCCCACCACGGUAGCGCCGCCAAGCUUGCAGCAGCCGCCACUGCUGCCCGGGACACCGGCAGGACUCGCGUACUCUGUCUCCAACCCCGAGCUCCUGGAUCGACCUGGAAGCCCCGACUUCGCCAUCAGGGAUCGCCAAGCAUAUACAGAUCGCUGA